UAUUUCAUUUUCAUAGAAAAUGGCAUUGACAGUUCACAGUGUGUUCACAUCGUUUCUUAUAACAUGUACGAUUAUAAGUGUAUGUCGUGGACAAACCCAAAAUGAAACAAUGUCUACAUUACUUGGCAGGAUAUUUGAUGGGUACGACAAGAAAAUACCUCCUAACCAAAACACAGGUGACGUUGAUACACAAGUAAAAGUGCAUGUUGAAAUGUUUAUUAAAUCUAUGUUUUCCAUAAGUGAGAUGAAUAUGGAUUACUCUAUGAGUUUGUUUCUCCGUGAACGUUGGAUUGAUGACCGCCUGAAAUUUGACACCAGUCUUAACUUGACAAGACUGGUUCUCGAUCUUUCCUUCUUUGAAACAUUAUGGUUACCGGAUAUGUUUAUAUUAAACGAAAAGGAGUCGGACUUCCACGAGGUUAUGGUACCAAACAAGCUGUUGCAUAUUUAUCCAGAUGGGACUGUACAAUUAAGUGCAAGAGUGACGGGCACUUUUUCGUGUAUAAUGCAACUUAAAAGGUACCCUUUUGAUCGACAAUCUUGCAAUUUUGAGGUCGAAACGUAUGGUCAGACUACAGAUAUUGUGAAAUUCUUUUGGAGUGAAAACCCUGUGGUGUUAGCAAAGGAUAUACAGUUCCCCCAAUUUUCUUUAACUGAAAUAACUCCAUACGAUUGUGAGAAGAGUUAUUUUGGCAUUGCAUUCACAUGUAUUGGAGUGCAGUUUGAAUUGGAACGUAAUUUUGAGUAUCAUGUAGUACAGAUAUAUAUACCCAGUAUGCUUACUGUGUUGUUAUCUUGGGUAAACUUCUGGCUGGAUCUAGAUGCUACUCCUGCACGAAUUUCUCUUGGACUGUUAACUGUUCUUACUAUGACUACACAAAGUGCCAGUGCUCGUUCAAAUCUCCCACGUGUAUCAUAUAUAAAGGCAAUAGAUGUUUACAUGGCAGCCUGCAUUACAUUUGUGUUUUUGAGUCUCAUUGAAUUCGCAUAUGUGAAUGUUCUGGUAAGGGUAGAGACCAGACGAAACCCGAGUGAUGGUAAAGCGAAUGGAAAAUCAAGCCACGGAAAGAUACACCAAACUACUCAUGAUAAUUACACCUUGGACCGACACAUAUUUCUAUUUACGUGCUUUAAGGUACAACAUCUCUCCUACAUAGGACGAGCACGACUUGUGGACAAAGUCUCUCGAGUUAUAUUUCCUGUAGUGUUUCUGUUUUUCAAUAUUACAUACUGGGUGUAUUAUAUGUAUUUAUAUACAUCUGAUGUAGUUGUUUAAUAUAACACAAAUAUAGCAUUAUGUAUGACUUUAACGUGUUAAAGAAUAUGACAACUAGACUAGCUGUGUGAAACAUUUUGAAAAAAAAAGAUUUGUCUUAACCCAGAACAUCUUCAUUUGAGAUUAAGUGUAUCAACAGCAAGCAGGUAGCAACAUAAGAAACUUAAAAAAAAUCCAACAACAAAGAAAGCAAAAACAACAACAACAAAAAACAGCAACAACAACAAACAAACAAUGAAAUAUAUGUAAAGCCUGUAGGCACUGAUGUGAAGAUGAUAUGAAAACUCAAAAGUACAAAUAAAAAUCUGAAAAAAGACUUCGUUGCUUCGAUCCAGUCUGAUUCCUGUCUUAAAUGAUUACGCUGCCCGUAUACUAUUGUGGUGACAACAUUAGAAAUUACGCAUGCCCGCGUGCUAUUGUGAUGACAACAUUAGAAAUUACGCAUGCCCGUUUGUUAUUGUGGUGACAACAUUAGAAAUUCAACGCCGCCUUCGAGAAUCUUUGCUUCAUUUACACCUUUGUUUAGUCUACAUGAAACUUUAUAAAUUCUGCAAAAUUUUAGCCUUUAUCGUCAUUUCUCAUCUUAACUAUCGUACGUUGUAUUUUUAUCGAAUAGAUAAACUUUCUAUAAAAAAAAAAAAUUCUAUAUUAAGAUGGGAAUUGAUUCACAGUGAGGUUGUUGUUUUUGUGUUUGAUCUCAGUAUUAGCUUUCAGACGGGAACAUCAAUUGUAAUUAGAGUUUAAUCUAUCAGUAGAUGUGUCAACAUAGAAUUAUGAUUUUAUGUAGUAAAUUUGUCAGAUGAUAUCAUGCCUUACACAAUUCUCAGCAUAAACCGUCAAUUUUUUUACUAUCGGCAAAAAAAUCGGUGAAAAUGCCAUUUAUUCUAAUGCUUUGUUUAAAUCAAAUAUAUGAAAUUCAUAUUUUUUUCAGUAGGAGUCUUCAUUUUACUGUGAAAUAGUAUUGCUCAUAAAUGCUUAGUGAUGUGAGUAAAAAUAAUAUAUGUAUUAGAAUAAUAAAUAUGUAUAUUAC